AUGAUCCACAAAGCGUUGCUAGCGGCGGUCCUUUUGGCCGCCGGUUAUUAUGAUACCGCGGCAGGAUGGGACACGGUGACGAUACACGUCACCAACAAGCUGAGCACAAGACGGAUACUGAUCUUGCAUUGCAAAUCCGACGACGACGAUCUCGGCGGCAGCGCCAUCGGCGCCGGUGCUAAUAUCACUUUGGUUUUCGGCCAGAACGUGUUCGGCGGGACGCUGUUCUGGUGCAGCGCGGCGUACCAAGAUAAGCGUCUCUCUUUCAAGGCGUACGAGCAGAACGAUCACAAUACGUUCGUUAAAGUGUUCGAUGUCUCCGACGACGGAGUCGGCGGGAUCGAUGUUUAUAGUGGGAAUCUACUUCAUAUUUCUAGGUGGAGAAUUAUUUCUCAUUUGAAUUUUUAG